GUUCCCUCAAAGUUCCUGGGGCCUCGCCGAACGUUAGCCGUGCUACUAUAGCGGGGGCAGCUGCAUAUCGCAUGUCGCAUUCUGUCGACAAAAAAUGCGCUGCAUCAAUUAAGCCGAGAACUGUAAUAGGGACGGUUACCAUUAAUCGUAAUGCUGGAGAGACAGUAACUCUCAAAAGUACAUUACAUUGCAUCAAUACAAAACCUCCAAAUAGAAUUCAACAAACUCCAAAUCCUGCGGGCACAUUAUCUCGCCCUCAACAUGCAGUCAGUAAGGUACAGAAGGCAAAGGGUACAAAUACUCACCAAAAUAUAGACUCCAAUCACGUGGUACAAGCCACAAUGGAAAGGAAACUUCAGUUGUUGGAAGAUGUUCGUUUAGCGAAUGGUGCACGUUUGACGCAGAAAGAACAAAUACCAUUCUGGCUCAUUAAGGGAAUGUUGGAACCCAAUAAAACGAAUCCAGAAGAGAACCAUGCUGUUCCUCAACAGCCCACAAGUCUUCUUGCUCCUUCACUAAAGCAAGGGGCACAUCCUCUUCCAACUAAAUCUAUAGUGCCACAUCCACCAUAUAAAGAUAGCGCACACUAUCCAUUAAUGAAUACAAACGUGCCUUAUCAACUACCUAAACUUGGUGUGCCACAUCCACUAGCGAAGUCUAACGUGCCUUAUCAGCCACCCAAACCUUGUGUGCAGCAAACGUCAUCUAAACCUUGUCCGCCAGCUAUAUCUAAGCCUGCAGUUCAACAACAGAGACGACGACUGAUUUUCCUCAAAGAAGAAAAAAAGAGAAUGAUAAAAAAUUAAAUUAAAAAAGACUCACACAGCCAUCUUAUUAAUGAUUUCUAAAUUCUGGGAAACGGAAUCAAAAGAGGUGCAAAUUUAGAAAGUGUUACUCCAGGAUUGGCGAGCUUUUGUCUAUGUGCCCAGACGUCCCUAUACUUGCUCCCACAACAACAUCAGCACCAUCUCAGAGACCUAAAAUUAUGAAAAGUCUCUGUCUUCGACAUCAUAAGUGAAUCACCAGACAGACCAAACACCAAAAUUUCAGCUCUGUGUUCCUAACUAUGACAAUGUGGAGGAAACAUUCCAGUGGUUACUCAAAGAGUUGACAUUGAGGGGUAAAGAAAUGCAACGGCGUGUGAUUUUCUGCGAGUCUAUUUCAACUGUGGCAAAACUGUAUUUAGAGUGUAUUUUGAUUGAAAUUGUGAACUGUUUGAAAUGUUCCACAGUAAAACUAGUGAUGAUACCAAAGAAAAAAAAUUGGAAAGGAUAUUUGAGUAGAUUGAAAUAUAGGAGUGUUAAUUUGUACAAUCUUAGCAGGAAUGGGUGUCAAUUUCUUAAAGCUUCAUAACAUUGUAUAUUAUGGGUUACCACGUGAGAUGGACAUUCUUGUAAACAAAUGAGGAUGUGAUAUUCUUUCCUGAACGUAUCCUCUAUAAAUGCCAUAAAGGUCAUCUGAAAUUGGUGGAAUCAUUCGUUGCGCAUCUUAUGUAUGUGAAAUGAAAGAUACUAUAGUGAAGCAUAAUUUUUGUGACAUCUGCGAAAAAUUUGGUACUGUGGAAACGAAACCUGCCCAGCAUCUCAUCCAGCAUUUUCAGAUAUACACAUGAAUCCACAAGUGAGGAGGAGGUGCUGAGACGGUCAUUCACACCAGACGACUGAGCUUAAGUUAUAUACACUACAAGUAUUAAAAUUCAAACUUUGUGAGAUUUCAACUAUUGUCACUUCUGAAUUGACUCAUGGAAUUAAUGAUGGCACAAUAAGUGAAAUAUUGAUGUUUCUUGAUGUUCUCUUUACUCCUGCUGAUGUGAUGAAAUGUGUUUUAUUUGGUCACAUGAUCUUGCAUCAGAUUUCUGAUUUAAUGCAUGUAUGGAUCAGUGUUAGCAUUAUAUAUAUAUAUAUAUGUGUGUGUGUGUGUGUGUGUGUGUGUGUGUGUGUGUGUGUGUGUGUGUGUGUGUGUGUGAAUUGAAUUCUAAUGGACGUUAUUUAUUAUAUUAACACUAUUUAGAACAUAUAUUUAUUAUUACUUGAAAUUGUAGUUCUUCCUUUUAUUGAAUAUUUGAAGAAGAAAAAUGUAAGCACGAGU